AUGAAGAUAGUAUUGCAGAAGGUGAGUCGGGCGUCCGUGACCGUUGACUCUCAAGUGGUCUCUGCAAUCAAGACAGGAUACAUGCUAUUAGUUGGCAUUUCCGUCGACGAUACCAUUAAAGACGUCGAAAAACUUACCAAUAAGGUGGUCAAGCUACGGGCGUUUGACGACGGCGCCGGAUAUGGCUGGAAACAGAAUAUACAAGAGGUCAACGGCCAGAUUCUUUCCAUUUCGCAAUUCACGCUGAUGGCCAACACCAAAAAGGGAACCAAGCCCGACUUCCACCUGGCGCAGAGAGGCCACCUGGCGCAGGACCUCUACCAUUCGUUUCUAACCGCAUUGCGAGAAAAAUUGGGAGACGAUAAUGUCAAAGACGGUGUUUUCGGAGCUAUGAUGAGCUGCGAGUUAGUCAAUGAGGGGCCCGUAACCUUAAUUCUAGAUACAACCGACUGA